AUGGUUGUAGGAAGGAAUGACGAUGCUAUUGCUGAGGAAUUGUCGAGGUUGGCUGAUGUUAUUAGGCAACCUCCGCAUGUGAAUGCUGGAGGGCAUGAACUUGAUAAGGCACAAGCAUGGCUGAAGGCGAUUGAGAAGAUCUUUCAAGUUAUGAAUUAUACAGAUGCUCAAAAGAGGUUUGAUGAAGAUGGAAUAGAGGUUAGUUGGGAUCUUUUCCGUGAUGAAUUUCUGGAUAACUAUUUUCCAAAAGAUGUGCGUGGGAAGAAAGAGGUGGAAUUUCUUGAGCUGAAGCAGGGUAAUGAAACUGUAGCGGAGUUUCCAAUAAUUACGCGUUUUACUGAGUUGGUUAAUAAGAGUAGGAUUUAUGAUGAGGAUAGUAGGGAGAGUGUUGCUCGCUACAAAUCAUUAAAUGAUCAGAAGGGGAAAGGUCAUCGUGCUUCUGAGUGCAUAUGUGCUAAAAUGAAGUGCUUCAAGUCUGGCAAACCAGGUUACACGACUAAUGAUUGUAGAGUUGGUUCGACUGUGACUUUCUACAACUGCGAUUGUGCUGCGAGAUUGAAUCUUGUGUUAUCUGAUAUGCAUGGAAGUAUUGUUUCAUUUCUUUAG